AUGCACCUCGAGAACAAAGAUGGCAGGCUGACUUCUGGUGUGCUGGAGAUGGAGAUACAUCAGACAUCAGCUCCCAUGAGUGCUGGCUUGGGAGGGCCGGGGCUGGUGGGACUCAACACCAGCAACCAUAGGCCACAGCAGGGCGACAGCAAGGCAGACUCCCUGAACCCCUACUCCAGUGGGGCAGCUGGGCAGAGCUUCUGGGCUCCUGUGGACCAGAAUUUUGGCUCAUUCCUCACGAAGUGGAGGUCUCACCCUCCUUUCCCCCAGUUCUUCAGCUCCAGUUCUGAAGACCCCUGCUUUACAGAAAACACACCUUUGCUGAGGAAUUUCUCACAAGAGAAAGGGUUACGGUGUGUGCCCGUUUACCACCCAGAGUUCAUCACUGCUGAAGAAUCUUGGGAGAACAGCUCAGCUGCGUGGGAGGGCAGAUCCCUGCUGAGCAGAGAGUUGGUAGGUUCCUCUGGAUCCGCCUCCUCAGAGAAGGGGGAGCUUCUGGACAGCGCUCACAUCGGGUUCCGUCUUUCCAAGUUGAGGUGCUGUGUGCAGUGGCUGAAAGUCACGGGCUUAUUUGUCUUUGUGGUGCUGUGCUCUAUUUUAUUUAGCCUGUAUCCAGAUCAAGGAAAGUUCUGGCAGUUGCUGGCUGUGUCACCGCUGGAAAGCUACUCUGUGAACCUCAGCAGCCAUGCAGACUCCAUGCUGCUCCAAGUGGACCUGGAAGGGGCCCUGGUGGCCAGUGGCCCAAGUCAUCUCGGGAGAGAAGAGCACGUGGUGGUGGAGGUGACACAGGCUAAUGCUCCAGGCUCCAGGCGGUGGCGGCCACAGCAGGUCACUCAUAACUGGACGGUGUUUUUAAAUCCAAGCAGAAGUGAGCGCACGGUGCUGAGCAGGACCUUUGAGGUUCUGAGCAGAGAGCCUGUUUCCAUCAGCAUUCGAGCCUCCCUCCAGCAGACCCAGGUUGUUCCUCUUUUGAUGGCUCAUCAAUACCUCCGCACAAGCAUUGAAGCACAAGUGACCAUGGCUGCAGUCAUUCUUGCUGGGGUCUAUGUGCUGAUUAUAUUUGAGAUUGUUCACAGAACACUGGCAGCCAUGUUGGGUUCCCUUGCGGCAUUAGCAGCGCUGGCUGUGAUUGGAGAUAGACCUAGCCUGACCCACGUGGUGGAGUGGAUUGAUUUCGAGACUCUGGCCCUGCUGUUUGGCAUGAUGAUUUUAGUAGCCAUAUUUUCAGAGACUGGAUUUUUUGAUUAUUGUGCUGUAAAGGCAUACAAACUGUCCCGGGGAAGAGUGUGGGCCAUGAUCAUCAUGCUGUGUCUCAUUGUCGCCGUCCUUUCUGCCUUCCUGGACAACGUCACCACAGCGCUCCUCUUCACUCCCGUGACCAUAAGAUUGUGUGAGGUGCUCAAUCUUGAUCCAAGACAAGUCCUGAUUGCAGAAGUGAUCUUCACAAACAUUGGAGGAGCUGCCACUGCCAUUGGGGACCCACCAAAUGUCAUUAUUGUUUCCAAUGAGGAGUUGAGGAAAAUGGGUCUGGACUUCGCUGGGUUCACUGCACACAUGUUUGCUGGGAUUUGCUUCGUUCUCUUGUUCUCCUUUCCACUCCUCAGACUACUUUACUGGAACAAAAAGCUGUAUAACAAGGAACCCAGUGAGAUUGUUGAACUGAAGCAUGAGAUCCAUGUCUGGCGCCUUACUGCACAGCACAUCAGCCCAGCCAGCCGUGAGGAGACAGCAGUUCGAGGUCUACUCCUGGGGAAGGUGCUGGCACUGGAGCGCUUGCUGGCCCGAAGGUUGCACAGCUUCCACAGACAGAUCUCACAGGAAGAUAAAAAUUGGGAGACCAAUAUCCAGGAGCUACAAAGAAAGCACAGGAUAUCAGACAGGAUUCUGCUCGCCAAAUGCCUGACAGUGUUGGGAUUUGUUAUCAUCAUGUUCUUUCUCAAUUCGUUUGUCCCUGGUGUUCAUCUUGAUAUUGAUUAUUUUGUUGUGGUCCGAGUGCGGGUUGGAAAAGAAUUUCCAGACACAAAGCAGAAUGCAUUGGCACAUCUCCACUUAAUAGAGUAUGUUGGAGAACAGACUGCUUUGCUAAUAAAGAUGGUCCCAGAAGAUCAGCGCCUUGCAGCUGCCAUCAUCUUGGUGGUCUGGGUCUCAGCCAUCGCAUCGUCCCUGAUUGACAACAUACCAUUCACUGCUACCAUGAUUCCUGUGCUCCUGAACCUGAGCAGAGACCCUGAGGUCAACCUGCCUGUGCCACCGCUCAUGUAUGCCCUUGCCUUUGGCGCCUGCCUGGGAGGUAAUGGCACACUGAUUGGAGCAUCAGCAAAUGUGGUUUGUUCAGGAAUUGCAGAACAGCAUGGUUAUGGAUUCUCUUUCAUGGAAUUUUUCAGGUUGGGCUUCCCAAUGAUGGUUGUCUCCUGCAUGGUUGGGAUGUGUUACCUCCUUGUUGCUCAUGUCGUGAUAGGAUGGAAUUAG